AGUAGGGGCGCUAUCGCUCGGAGACACAACAAUAAUCGCGAUUCGCGGCGGCCGAGUCAGUCAGUCGCUCAGCAAGCUGGCGGCCGCCGCCGUGCGCGAGUGAACGAACGGCAUCUUUUCUCUCUUUCUCGCCCGUAUAUAGAUCAACCCGUUGAUCAUUGUCGCGUUGUACAAUACACUCCCCAAAGUACCUAUACUAUAAGUAGUGUGUAUUAAGUAUCGCAUUCGUACAUACGCAUCGUCGUCGUCGCCGCCGCCGCCGCCGCCGCGGUCGUAUGCUACUCAUGUAUAUAUAACAAACAUAUAUACACGCCGCGAAACUCACGAGUGCAACAGCAGCAGCACCAGCAGCAGUAGAUAUUAAGAUAUUUAUCGUGUGCGCGCUCUCGGGGCGCCGCGCGAGAGAACGUAGUGAAAAUGGCAUCCGCGAGCUCGACAGCGGGGAAUCAGCAGCAGCAGCAGUUCCCCGUUAACAAGCUCAUCCGCGUCGGCUACUAUGAGCUCGAGAAGACGAUCGGCAAGGGCAACUUCGCCGUCGUCAAGAUGGCCACCCACGUCGUCACGAAAUCCAAGGUGGCCAUUAAAAUUAUUGACAAGACCAAGCUGAAUGAGGAGAACCUAGCAAAAAUAUUUCGGGAAGUGCACAUAAUGAAGAGACUGAGGCAUCCACAUAUAAUUAGACUAUAUCAAGUGAUGGAGACAGAAAAAAUGAUAUACUUAGUGACUGAGUACGCACCUGGUGGUGAAAUAUUUGAUCACUUAGUUAGGAAUGGUAGGAUGGUAGAGCCAGAGGCAAGAAGAAUCUUUCGUCAAAUUGUUCAAGCAGUUCGUUACCUUCAUCAACAAAGAGUUGUUCAUCGAGAUCUUAAGGCUGAAAAUCUGUUGCUGGAUGCAGACAACAAUAUUAAAUUAGCAGAUUUUGGAUUCAGCAAUGAAUUUAAGCCAGGUGUACCUUUGAGCACUUGGUGCGGUUCACCACCCUAUGCAGCACCAGAAAUCUUCGAAGGGAGACAAUAUGAUGGUCCUAGAGCAGAUGUUUGGAGCCUGGGAGUUGUACUAUAUGUAUUAGUUUGUGGAGUUUUACCAUUUGAUGGACCCACUAUGCAAUCACUCAGAUCUGUAGUGAUUUCAGGGAAAUUUAGGAUACCUUUCUUCAUGUCUGCAGAGUGCGAGUGGUUGAUAAGGCAUAUGCUGGUGGUAGAGCCGGAACGACGUCUCAGCAUCUCACAGAUCCUGUCGCAUCAGUGGAUGUUCGGUGAAGGCAGCCAGCCCACGGAAGCCGAGUCCGAGAGCAUCAGUCUCAACGGCGAUUCGCUAGUACCGCAACAGCUAAACCAGCUCGUGAUCGAGAGCAUGCUUAAACUGCCAGGCCUCGACAUCGACACGCUGCUGCAAGCUGUCCAGGGCAACGCCUUCAAUCACGUCUCGGCAAUUUACAAUUUGCUCUGCGAUCAAUUGGAGAACGCGGUGACGAGCGUGCCCAGCAUACAGAACGUGCCUGGCGGCUACGUGCCCGACGACGCUCAUCAGCUCGAGAAGUUCGGAGAAACGGAAGGCGUCGAAAUGGAGGAACGCAGUGGCCUUCAACUACCCAUCGGUACGCCUUACCACGCAACGCGUCGGCACACGGUGGGCCCAGGUGAUACGGCUCAUCAGCCGGCCAAUGCAGCCUAUCCCUGUGGAUACCCGAUGGGCUACGCACCACUGCAUCUCCUACCAAAUCUCCAGUUGAACGCGGAUCCGCAACUCCUGCCGCACACGAAUCUUGCGCUCAACUUACCUCUGGUGCAAAACCAGCCGCCACAAAAUUUCCAAAUCAAGGACCAGCAUCUGCUCAAGCCACCCUCCGCUAUGGGCGCAACAAGCAGUUUUGGGAGAAGAGCUUCGGAUGGUGGAGCGAAUUUGCAUGUUUUCUAUCAGCAACAGCACGGUAGCAAUAGUGGAGAAGAGGGCAGCUGGAGUCAGCCUGGUAGCAGAGAACAUUUGCAACCUCCUGGAAGUCCUGCACUCUCGCCUUGCUCGCCAUCGCUGAGUAGUGGUACGAACGGAGGCGACAGCAGCGCAGGUAGCUCGUCGAGCAGUGGCAGUGACAGACGUCGACGUUCCGGCCUCACAACAGUGAUGCAGCGUCCAGUUUUGAACCCUGAGGUGGUCGUGGAGGUGGAAAAAAGGAUGAACAGGUGUUACCUGCCGUCGAGGCUGCUGCCGAAUCAUCUGAAAGGGGCAGGAGGCCCGACAAUGCCCCAUCACCGGAAAACCUCUAUUUACCCCACAAGUACUGCCGGUCCCAGGGAUUCGUACAAGGAGCCAAGUGUCCACGUGACUAACGCCGAGCGAUACUCGCCGGUACGUCGUGCCUCCGAGGGUUCGGGACCACAGGGUCCGAAUAUUCAGGCCCUUCAGCAAGAGUACCAGCAGCUUCAAAAACUUGCCUCGCCGCUGCAUAGUCCUGCGAGCAUUCCUGGAUCGCCUGUUCACGAGAGGGGUAUUGCCGCUAUUACACAAGGUUUGAGUGGAUUAUCGACGGCGCCAGUACAGGGUAGUAUAGUCCACGGUACCCCAACGCAGCAAUCUGCCACACCUCUAGAUUUGAGUCCGCUAAGGCAUCACCGCUCGCCGGCUACCACGCCGGUCAGCUACUCUCCUAGUAAUAGUCCUGCCUUAGAUAUGAUUCAAGAGGAGCAUCCCGUCGAUGUAUUAAGGGUACCCCCGCCACCGCAGAUUUCGGUGACGGACGUUCUAGGCGGCCAGGUGACGUUGGUAGGCUGCUCUCCAUCGCCUUCGCCGUCGCCGGAUUCCCUCGAAGAUAUCUUGCCGCACUACAGUCCUCUUCCAUCUUUCAUCAUCUCCGAGCCUUGUGACCCGUUGAGGCCGAGCAUAACUCGAGGAAUUGGUCGACCACUCAGCGGUACGCCAGUUCCAACCGAAGUCGAGGUUACGUUGUCCGACGAGUCAAGUCGGCUUAACUCCGAGGCGAUUCUUGGUCGGGUCAAACAGAUCAUCGACGCGCGUGCACCGCCUAAAGGCUUCAUCUUUUCACGACAGGAGAUGGACGGGAGCGGGUUGAGUCUGGAGUACCCUGGUGGCGUACAGAUUGAACUGAGGGUUUGCGAGAGCGAGGAGAAGGAGUCCAAGGGCAUCAAGAUGCGCAGGAUCAGUGGGGACCAACUGCAGUACAGUCAGCUGUGUCAACAGCUCAUUUCCUGCAUCACCGUUUGACGGCAGACUGUUGCUGUCGUCGUUGUGAUUAUAGUUGUCGUGACAUGUCGCGUUGCGACUUCCGCGGUCGCUGUUCUGGAGAUUGGGCAGUUAUUGCAUAACUGUAGAUGGAGAGAAUUCGCGUUGAAUGAGGUAGCAGGUUCGAUAGGAUUCUUGGUGAAUUGCUGAAUGGGAGUUGCCAGGUGUAAUUCAGAGACAUUGGGAGAGUGAGAACUGUCGACAAAAUUUAAUUGAGUCGAUUUGUCAUUAGAAAAGAAAUUCAGUUGUUUUCUUUAAAGCAGGGUUUGCUUAACUCAGAUUGACUCGAGAAGAUUUUGAUCGAUUUUAUGCUGUUAAACACGUGGAAUUGUAUUAAAUGGUUCUUCUGAUUACGAUACCGAGACUUGUUUUGAGUCUCGAAUGAUUUGACUACUUGAAUUCGGGAAUUCAGAAUUUUUACGAACCGAUUUAUAAAAAUUACAAUGUUAAUAUGUCCUACUUAUAAAUUAAAAGUUAUAUCAGUUAUUUUACAAUUUCAACUGAUACUAUAAAUAUGGUCAACUAUUAAUCAAGAUGUGUUUAUUAACUAUAGAGUCACUGUAUAUUUUUAUCAUUAGAUCUCAUAAAUUCCGUAUUCAUUGCUUGAAUAACUCAUCAACCGUCGUAUUCAAUUAGGCUUCAUGUCUAGACCAAAAACAUUUUUUUAUUGUUUUCAAUGGAAUUCGAAGCCUGCGACGAAUUUUUCUUGUCCGUGUAUCUGUUAUUCUCCGUAUCCUCUUUUUAUAUAUAUAUAGACAAAGAAGUACGUCGAUUAGCUGUGUUUAUUCUUUUUAUUACUUUGAGUUUUACAUUCCUAGAAGACGAAAAAAAUAAUAAAUCGGUGCCAACGAGCAUGGCGUGCGUCUCGUAGCACCAUUUAUACGCAGUAUUGCUCUUUAUGCAUGCUGAAUAUUAAAUAUUGCGCGCAUCCAGAAGAGUUUGACUUCGAGUACCUAUGUUUCUCUUGAAAAGUUUCUUUUUUUGAAAGUAAAAAAAACAAAGCAAGCUUUUAGAUAAGUUUUUUUACUUUGUUUUCUUUCUAAAGAAGGCAUAGAAGGAUAUUUAAAGACUGUAGAUACAUUGAAUGAACUAGUUAAUGAGGAAUGCUACGAGAGAAGUUGUAAUGUCCAGUUAUUGGAAAUUUUCAAAUUUUCAAUUUUGUUGUAUAAUCUGUAGUAUAUUUGAGUUCGUGAAAAAACUUGAAUUAAUGUGAAGGGAAAAUCAAUUAGGAAAUUAUGAUCUAUUUAGUGAAAUUCAUGUGCUGGGCACUUAUGUUUUGAGUUUUAGACGUUGUUUUUUUUUAAAUAAAUUUAAUUAGCUUUUUGUUAAAUUGGAUUGACGUAGUCGGUGUUGAUCACAAAUUAUGCCAUAUAGGGAUAAUGAAAUAUUGCAAAUUGUAUAAGCGUUGAAGAAUUAUGCGUUAGCCCCGUUUUUUAUUUAUCGAAUAGUACUGGACAGAUUUUUUUUUUAAUGUACCAUAAAAUAUAGUUGCAAAAAGUCGUUCGAGGCGACUGACAACCAGUUUAUUGUUAAAUAGAAAUUUGGGCUACGAAUUACGCACAUAACGUGGUAUCGUUAAUAAUAAUUGUACAUAGAAAACAAUAAUACACACACAUAUACACAAAUUGUACGAAAAAAAGUAAAUGAUAGUAGAGUAUAUUGUAUGUAUGGAAUCGAAGUAAAAAAAAACUAGGCAGAAAUUAAUAAUGACGAUGAAAAGCCAUGUUGUAAUAUAAAUAUAAAAUUAAUGAAAUUCAAAAUACUGCGACGAGAAUAGAGUACAGAUAGUAUUUUCUGCUGUCAAUUCUUCAACUAAGACUGUGAUUUUUAAAUAUAUUAAUUAUAAUUAGAAAACUCGUUAUUAAUACACGCCAAGCGACUAAAAGAGAUAA